GAGCUACCGUCAAGGACGACGUCAAGGCGUGGACCGAGUACUGCAAGCCGGGGACCAAGAAGAUGCCCAAGCUAAUCGGGAGAGCUUGGGAGGCGCACAAGAGGUCGUGGAUCGAGGACUGCAGGCACCAUCUGUGGAAGCGAUCGCGGGCGGAAGGACUCUGCGAAGGAAACGCAGGUGCCCUUCCCGACCACCAGCAAGAUCGGCAUCGCGAUGUGACGCAUUACGUUUGCUACAACUGCGGCGCCGCCGUCUCGACGGAGGCGUCCCUCAAGAGGCACCGCACCAAGAAGCACCUCCCGACAGAAGACGCACAAUUCUACGCCGUCGAAUCUCGAUGCGAAUGCUGCAACAUGGAGUUCCACAGUCGGGUGCGACUCGUCCGCCACUUGCGCCAUCGCAAUACUGGGUGCCUCCAGGCAUACAUUGCGAAACGCGACCCGAUGGACCGUGCCGACGUUCAGAAGCUCAUGGACGAGGACACGAAGACCAUCAAGAACCUGAAGAGCAGAGGAUGGAGAGAAGACAAGGCACUACAGCCCGCCAAGAGGUGCGCGCAGACCGAAGACGACGAGGGCAUCAUCUGGUUGAUUGAUGGCGACACCGAAAAGGACCAGGCGCUGAAGAAGAACCUUCGGGACAAUGCGGACGGCAAUUACGCAUUGAUGGAGACCGCCUUCCACGACGAGGAGCUGGACCUGCACGACGGGCUCCAGGCGAGAACCCAAUGGCAUCACACCGUGAACCAGUGCAGCGCCAUCAGAAUCAUCCCGAGGAGCUCGACGUGGACGGCAGACCCAGACGUCGAGUUCGCCCUGCGGGAGUCGACGGCACCGUGGGGAGCCAAGCACCUGGUGCAAGCAGUCGCCGCGGACAACGCUGAGCUGCGGCUGGCCAUCGACGUCACGGAGACGGACGCCAAGAUGAAGAUCCCGCGUGCUCUGGUCUUGCCGCGGCGCGGAGACCGCCCACGCCCGAGCACGCUGGACGAGUUCCCAGCGCUGCGGGCAUCGCGGACGGAGAGCAGGAGGAUGGUCUGCGCCAGCGGCAUAGACCUGCAGCACCCGACGACCACGGAGCGGGAGCUGCGCGAGCCCCUGCUGCGUGGUGCGGCGGGCGCGCGCAGCCUCCGCCCGGGCGCCCGCACGGGCUCGGGCGCUGGACACCUCGGCGCACCUCGCGCGGCACCAGGCGCGGCAGCCGCGCGGGG